UGACAACUGUACACCUAGACCGGACCUUAUACGUUGAAUUUUCUUUUGUCUUGUAAAAAAAAAAUAUAUAUCGCUUUAGGGAUGUUAAGACAAGCAAGAAUAAGCUUCCUUACUUUUGGGGCCGGAGCCUCUCUCUUUUUGUACCCUCUUAUCUUUAGUAUAAUCCCAUUUAUUGGUUUUCUUUGGAAGGACUUCUGGCAUGCUCUGAUAAUUAUUCAUUUUCUUGUGUGCAAUGCUGUGUUUUCUGCCGUCUAUGUUCAUCAAAAGGACUCUUACAGGAUUGCUGUGAGAGCUGGCAACCUUGGGAUUGUUUUCAGCCUUGGCUUUCUCCUCACCUUGUACAGUACAUUCUGGUACCACUUUGGCUGGUACACCAUGGCUCUCACUUUUUUCCACUGGUCGGAGUACCAGUCUACAGCUCUGACGAAUCCCAAGUCCUUGAACCUUGAGUCUUUCUUACUGGAUCACAGUCGUGAAUAUAAGAUGGCGGCUGCUGCAAGCUGUUUGGAAUUUAUCUUGGAAGGUUACGCUUUCCCUGGCAUGAAGCAGUUACAUCUGAUUAGUUUGUUUGGCAUUAUUUUGACCGUCGGAGGAGAAGGCCUGAGGAAGUUGAGUAUGUUCACAGCACGAACAAACUUCAACCACCACAUCCAGCACACACGGAAAGAUGGGCACAUCCUCGUAACGCAUGGCGUCUACCGGUUCAGUCGACACCCGAGCUAUGUGGGGUGGUUUGCCUGGAGUUUGGGCACGCAGAUCAUGUUGUGCAACCCUCUAUGCCUAGUAGCUUACGCCCUCGUCUCUUGGAAAUUUUUCAACGAGAGAAUUUACGACGAAGAAAUUUGCUUGCUCAACUUUUUCGGCGAAGACUACCUAGACUAUCAACGUCGGGUGCCUACUGGGCUGCCUUUUAUCUACGGCUACAGACAGAGUGUAUGAUGUUGGUUAAGUGUAGUCUGAGGAUGAAAUGAGCAUAAAAGACAGCUGUACCUAUGACUAUGAUUUGUUGAUCGGAUUAUUUUGUUAUGUACAGGGUUUUCAGCUCAACACUAAUGGGCAAAUGAUUGUGCAAAACAGUUGGAUAGUUAUUUCAGCUUGAGUUGCAGCCCUUUAUUGAUAUUGAUUAUAUGUUUUUUAACAGCAUCAUGCAAGAACGUUGAGUAAUGUGUCCAAUAUCCAUUGUCUUUGGUUCUUCUGACAAAAACUAUUGCAGUUGGUGUUACCCAUGUGAACUGUCAAGAUAUAUAUAAGAUUUUUGUUAUCCUUUACAGUGGGGUUACAGUUUUCAACUUCAGGUCUGCGCACACUAUGUCCAUUGGCAAUAAUUCACAGCUUCAACUUUACUAUGUUGGUUUUAAAAAUGUGUGCCUGUGUGUGUGUGUGUUAAAUAUAUAUAUAUAUAUAUUACAGUAAAGCAUGGAUAUCUCGAACACGUAGGCGGGUUGACAAAUGUGUUGGGACACUUUCAUACUUCAAGAAAACUGUGAUAACAAAAAAUAAGAGAGAGAUAUUAAAGAAAAUCAAGGGAAGUAAACAUGUCAGUAUAUUGGUCUGAAAAUACUCACUGCCAUCAUGAAAGUACCCUGAAUCGAUAAAAGGAUAGAAGGAUGGAUAGUGUGUGGUUCUUGUUUGGUGUCGAAGCAAGAGAAAGGAAGGCAAUAAUGUUGAUGAGCCUCGUGUUUUUCAACAACAAAAAAUUGCUCGUUUGUCACAUCAUGAUCAUGACAAACACUGAUCUGAGCAUGCCACUCACCUCUAGUAUGUAAUCACGUCCCAAUCCAUACUUUCACAUUCAAGUAAUCACACAUGCGCACCAACAUAAACAUACAAAAAAUGUACGCACCAUUCAGCCCAAUGCACCACCAUGUUGUCUUGUCUUCGAUCACACCCCACCAUUCACCACCCUCCAUCACAGGGAUAGAUUCAAGGAAGUUUUAUCACCUUACACAAACUAUGGGUAUAGUGCGGUUAUGUAUCUGGACAUCAACAGUGUGUGUAUCACGUUGUGGGGUGGGAGGAUCAUGUAGCUUGGUACUCUCAAUGAUGAUUUGUGAGUAUGUUUUCCAUUGUGUGUGUGGGAUAAUUUGAAUUCAAGACAAUGGGGAGGAAAGAUGUGAUCAGGAUUUUUUUUUGGUAAACUAUUCAACACAUUUGUGCAGGUGUUCGAAAAAACGGUGCUUCCAGUAUAAAGAGAAGAUAGCGGUUCAGUCAAAGAAUUGCAUUUUGUUCGAGCUAACUGAAUUUUGAGUUUUACGUGUUUGAGUAAUCUGUGCUCUACUGUAACUAGAACUAGUGAAUUGAAUUCUGGAUUGGGAUUUGAACACAACAAUAGCAGUUUGGACAUUAGUGAGUAUUUCCAUUGAUCACAUUGUGUCUUCUCAUUGAAAGUUAUUGUUAAAAGUUCCUUCAAACAGUGGCUGAUGUGUGUCUCUGAACAAUUUUUUCCCCUAUGAGUGUGAUGCAAGGAGUGUCAAGAACAUGAGUUCUGCUAGUCCCAUUUUUGUCACCUGUUACUUUUUCUUAUGUCUUUCCUUAAAUGUUGCAGUUGUCAAAAGGUAGAUUUUUUAAAAGUUCUCAGUGGCCAUUUUAACAGUUCUUGAUCUUUAGUCAUGGGACAGUAUGAAUACGAUAUUAUACCAAAAAAAUGUUUCAUCGUAAAUUAGUUUCUAU